UGAGCACGGACACAGGAAGGCAGGGCGCGAACGGGACUGGCCGUGCCAGCAAAUCUCUAGGAGAAGAUGACUGUGUUCUUUAAAACACUUCGAAAUCACUGGAAGAAAACAACGGCUGGAGUCUGCCUGCUGACGUGGGGAGGUCACUGGCUCUAUGGAAAACACUGUGACAACCUGCUCAGGAGGGCAGCCUGCCAGGAAGCUCAGGUGUUUGGCAGUCAGCUCAUCCCUCCCAACGCACAAGUGAAGAAGGCAACUGUCUUUCUUAACCCUGCGGCUUGCAAAGGGAAAGCCAGGACACUGUUUGAAAAAAAUGCUGCCCCAAUAUUACACUUGUCUGGCAUGGACGUGACCAUCGUCAAGACGGAUUAUGAGGGACAAGCCAAGAAGCUCCUGGAGCUGAUGGAGCACACAGACGUGGUCAUUGUCGCCGGAGGAGACGGGACUCUGCAGGAGGUUGUUACUGGAAUUCUUCGAAGAGUGGAUGAGGCUACCUUCAGUAAGAUUCCCAUUGGCUUUAUCCCACUGGGACAGACGAGUAGUUUGAGUCAGACCCUCUUUGCCGAAAGUGGAAACAAAGUCCAACGUAUCACAGAUGCUACCCUCGCCAUUGUGAAAGGAGAGACAGUUCCACUUGAUGUCUUGCAGAUUAAGGGUGAAAAGGAGCAGCCCGUGUUUGCAAUGACCGGCCUUCGAUGGGGUUCCUUCCGGGAUGCCAGCGUCAAAGUCAGCAAGUACUGGUAUCUCGGGCCUCUGAAAACCAAAGCAGCCCACUUUUUCAGCACUCUUAAGGAGUGGCCGCAGACUCACCAGGCCGCCAUCUCAUACACGGGACCCACAGAGAGACCGUCCAGUGAGCCAAGAGAGUCCCCCCCACGGCCCUCUCUGUACCGGAGGAUUCUGCGGAGGCUGGCGGCCUACUGGGCACAGCCGCAGGACGCCUCCCCCCAAGAGGUGCACCCCGAGGUCUGGAAGGAGGUGCAGCGGUCCACCAUCGAGCUGUCCAUCACGACACGGAACCGGCAACUCGACCCCGUGAGCACCGAGGACUUCAUGACCAUCUGCAUCGAGCCCGACACGCUCAGCAAAGGAGACUUCAUAACCAUCGGGAGCAAGAGGAUGCGCGACCCCACCCUGUGUCCCGCCGGCACUGAGCGUCUGCAGGCCAGCAAGUGCACGCUGCGGCUGCCCCAGGGAGCAGGGGGCUCCUUCAGCAUCGACAGUGAAGACUAUGAGGCAAUGCCUGUGGAGGUGACGCUGCUCCCCCGGAAGCUGCACUUCUUUUGCGACCCGAGGAGGCGGGAGCAGGUGCUGCGGGGGCCGGUUCAGGAGAGGACCGAGCCAGAGGGGCCGGGGCCAGCCCUGUAGGAUAGGCCCUGAGGGAACAGGCUGGCUGUCCCCACGUGUCGCCGGUGCCCCGUGCCCUGCCCUGUCAUCAGCCCUCCAUGCCCCUGCCCUCAUCUCGUGUGACAGCUGACCCUCCUCUACGCUGGCCUCCCCAUCUCCUUCCAGAAGCUCUCCCGCUCCGCGGAUGGGAAGGGCCAGGCCUCUGCCAGCACUGGGAGCCCGGCCGCAGUGGGAAGCGGCCCCAGGCCAUCCAGGCUCCUGGGCUACCCUCCUUCCCAACACCCCCUCUCCCACAUGCCGCUGUUGGUGAGCGCCUCAUAGUCAGCUCUGGUUUCAGUUUUGUCCUCAGUCAGAAACAUAUGUGAGGUGGGUUCCGUCUUCAGCCAUGGCUAAAAUACUGCAAAAUCCUGGUGAUUUGUUCAAAGUGGUGGUUCUUAAGGGUCGGUGUGCAUGAGAACCGCCUGAGGUAUGUGUGGAAAGCUGACUGACUUGGGGCCAUCUGGGAUGGGGCCCAGGACUCUGCAGUGUUAGAAAGUGCACCCCUCCCCAGGUGAGUCUACAUGCGCUCCCUCUCCCAUACUUGAAGGAAUAGUGAUUUAGGGCAGCGGUCCGGGAGCAUCUGCUCACCUGCCCCCAGAGGCGUUUGGAAGAACCAGGGUUCCCCUCACGUGUACAUUGUCAUCUAAUGUUUUUCAUGGUAAGUUGAAUAGUUGCCAGACUGUGUACUUUCUGGUGUCAUGUAAAUAUUGACAUUUAAAAUAAAGUUGCGCUACUCUCUUAAAUAUAUCCGGUGCGAUUUCAACACCGCAGCUAUUUCAUAUCCAUCAUCCAUUUAAAAAAAUAAACUAACAAGUUCUUAAGUAGUUGAAAAUUUUUAAUUGGCUUUUCUCCCUGAAUGUGUUUCCUGCUGUUUCAGCAGCGUGUUAUCAGAAUGGCGUCUGUCUUUCUGCUUGGAAUUAUUUUUUGAUCGCCCUGUCAUCUUCUCACCAGCAAACUACAUAGAUGGAAAUCUUUUUUUUUUCUUUUUUAGUUCCUGCUUUAAAUGUUAAUUCAAUACAGAAUACGUUUCAUCCUAGUUAUUGGUACACACUUGAUAAAAACAAUAUUGAUGUAAAUGUUUGGUGACUAAACAUUUUUACGAGGACUGCUGUUUAUCUCAAUUGGUUCAUUUAUCCAAGAAUACAUAAAUGUUAGUCACAGCAGUGGUGCGAUGGAUCGCUUUUAUAUGGCCUUUCCCGCCAUGGUCUUGUAACUCCCACCCAAGUGAUUGGGCGGGACUAUGCAAAUAAGGUAAUUG